AUGAUAAUCUUCAGAUGGAAAGUGAAAAUAUUUUACAUAAAAAACAUUUCAGAUUUCAAACAAUUCUUAGGGAAACAAAAUGGAGAACUACCAACUGAAAAUGAGAAAUUUGGGAAUAAAACCAGAUCCACUUCAACAUGGUCAUUUAAAUUCAUUAUUAAUGAUAAAGAGAAGUGUAAAGAUAAAACACCUUUCUUGAUAUUGCUAAUAGCAACAACGGCUGCUGAAAUUCAGCACAGAAGUUCCAUCAGAAAAACUUGGGGAAAUGAAUCUGUGGUUCCAGGAGUUGAGGUUGCUCAGUUGUUUAUGCUGGGUGUUGAGAGCAAGGGUCCAAAUGAGGUCCUACUGAGACAAAGCAAGCAAUAUCAUGAUAUUAUUCAACAGGACUUCCUGGACACUUACCAUAACCUUAAAACUUUGAUGGGCAUGAAGUGGGUUGCCUCUUAUUGCAGUGGCACAAGCUUUGUUAUGAAGACAGGCAGUGAUGUUUUUGUUAAUAUAAUAUACCUAAUAGAAAAGCUCCUCAGGCCUCUUUCACCUCCUCCACAAAAUUAUUUCACAGGCUGUCUUAUGAAAAGGCAUAAGCCUAUUCAGAAUAAAAAAAGUAAAUGGUACAUAUCAGAAGAAGAAUACCUAGGUGACAAAUACCAUCCUUUUUGUUCAGGAACUGGCUACGUCUUUUCUGGAGACCUGGCUUCAAAAAUUGUCAAUGCUUCUGUAAUGAUAAAAUAUAUACAUUUGGAAGAUGUUUAUGUAGUCUGUCUUAAAGUAAAGGGAAGACAGACGGUACCUCCACCUAGUUGUUCAUUGUUUAACAUAUACAAGGUCCCAUUUUCUCCUUGCCUGUACAAUAAUAUAAUUACAUCUCAUCACAUUCUGACAAAUGAGCACAUAUUGUAUUAGGAAACACUGCAAAAGAAGAACCAUAAA